AUGUCGGACUGCUUGCUCAAACGCGUUCCACGUGUGUUCAAAAGAUCGUCCCAUUAUCUCUCCACCAUCUCGUCAUAUGGUAGCGUUGAAAGAAGCACCCCUUCUGAAAUUUUGCGUCAGCAAAAUGAAAGGAUUGACACCAAGUACCCUUGUCUCCCAGAGGCUGAGCGAUUCCAUAGAAAAUACGCGAACUUGGAGGAAAUCGCCAAAACUGUUCCUGUGAUGAAAUCCGUCCCCGUUGACGCGAUUUUUGCAAAUCGUGAAGUCAGGCUUGGCGAAUUAGAUGUUUAUGGUUUUGAUUACGACUAUACCCUUGUGAAUUACACAAACGAUCUAGCUGAUCUCAUCUUUAACAAGGCCAUCGACCUUCUUGUCUCCAAAUGGAAGUAUCCAAGUGAACUUCGAGAGGUGGCGUACGAUCCCACUUUCCUUAUUCGUGGAUUACAUUAUGAUAUCAAAAAAGGCUUCAUAAUGAAAGUAGAUGCCUACCGAAACAUUCAGCCUGGAACGGUAUACAAAGGUUUGCAACCAGUUCCCGCUGAGGUAGUUCAGUCGACCUAUAAUGGGCUAUAUAUCCCCACUGGUUUGCUCAGAGGCUCUGUUCACACAAAGGAUCACAAAAUAACACAGAUGAUGGACUUCUUUGAUCUCCCUGCUGCGUACGCCGUUUGUUCGGUGAUUGAGCAUUUUGAAAAAUCCGGUAUUAACUAUCAACCCGAGUGCAUUUACACGGAUGUAAGGGAAGCUGUGGAGCUUAUUCACAGGUCUGGAAUGCUUCACAGCACCAUAUGCGAUGACCUGGAGCGCUAUGUAAAACCAAACCCCGAAAUAAGGGAUCUGCUGAUUCAUCUCGCUUCGCAUGCAAAGAGCCUCUUCCUCAUUUCCAACAGUGGGGCCGACUUCAUAACCAAAGGCAUGCGGUACGUGGUUGGAAGAGGGUGGGAACGCUUCUUCGAUGUGAUUAUUGUAAAGGCAAACAAGCCAGACUUCUUCCGCUCCAAUUCAGUGCCAUUCCGUGCCAUUGAUGAGACCGGAGCGUUCAAGAGUUGGGAAGGCGUCACGAAACUUGAACGAGGUCAACUCUAUCGCGGGGGCAAUCUCAAUUUGUUGAAGGAGUUAAAAGGUUGGCAGUUACAACGCGUCCUCUACUUUGGCGAUCAUGUCUACGCUGAUCUUGCGGACGCUUCCAACCAAUGGGGAUGGGCAGCAGCGGCAGUCAUUCCGGAGCUGGAAAACGAGCUCAGUUUGGCCAAUACAGAGGACUAUCAAAAAAAUCUUCAUCGUCUGGUGCUGCUGGAGGAGCUGAUUAUCGAAAAUCAGUACUGCAAAACGGCGGUAGGUCAAGCCGUGCUGACUUCCUGGCGCAAGGAAAGGGAUUAUCUGCGUCAAAUUUCCAAGUCCUGCUUCAAUCCUCGUUUUGGCAGUGUUUUUCGCUGUUUCCACAACUACUCCUACUUUGCGCAGCGCCUCGGUCUAUACGCGUCGAUGUAUACUUCGUCAGUGACAAAUCUUCUUCACCAUCCCAUUAACCAUAUCUGCUAUCCGCGGAGAGCCCUCCUGCCACAUGAACCACACUAG